AUGCAUUGUUUUCUAAGUAAUAAUAGAUCCGCGUUAAAACACUCAGAAUUUGUAGAAAAUUCUAUUGAAGAACUUUUAACUAAAGAAUGUAUAAAAGAAGUAAAUCGACCAUUUGUCGUUAAUCCACUUACUGUGUCGGUAAAUAGUACGGGUAAAGAAAGAUUAGUCUUAGAUUUGAGACAUGUUAAUAAAUUUGUCGAGAAACAAAAAGUUAAAUUUGAAGGGGUUAAAGAAGCUAUGACUUUUGUUAAUUUUAGCGGUUUUGGAUUUAAAUUUGAUUUAAAGUCUGGUUAUCACCAUAUAGAAAUUCACCCUGAUCAUCAAAAAUAUUUAGGAUUUUCUUGGCAAUAUGGUGAUACAGUGCGUUAUUUUACUUUUUCGGUUUUGCCUUUUGGACUUUCAUCAGCUGGUCAUAUAUUUACCAAGACAGUACGUGUGUUAGUUAAAUACUGGAGAUCUUUAGGAUUUCCCAUGGUGGUUUAUUUAGAUGAUGGUAUGGGUACAGCAGAAAAUUUUGAUACAUGUUUCGAAUUAUCGAAAACAGUAAAAAAUGAUUUACUGCUUUCCGGUUUUAUUGCUAAUACAGAAAAGAGUGUCUGGGAACCAGUACAAAAUAUUGAUUGGUUAGGUUUUGUUUGGAACUUUAAAGAUUGUACUUUAGAAAUAUCGCUUAAAAAAUUAUUUGCUUUAAAGCUGGUAAUAUCGAGCGUAGUAGAUGGCAAAACUAUUUUGACUUAUAGAUGUAUUGCUAAAAUAUGUGGAAAAAUCAUUUCUAUGAUUCCUGCUCUUGGUAACGUUUGUCAAAUGAUGACGAAGCAUAUGCAUAUGCUAGUCUGUUGUAGAUCUGCAUGGGACGAUGUCAUCCAUAUAAAUGACAACAUUUUGAAGGAACUAAAAUUUUGGUAUUUUGAAUGCGAGUCAUUAUCUUUCCAACGCAUUGUACCUAUAAAUAGAAUACCACAGCGCGUAAUUUUCACUGACGCUAGUCAGUAUGCCGGAGCAGGGUUUAUAAUGAAUGAUAACAAAAUUGUACAUUUUAUGUUUGAUGGUCAUGAAAGAAGCAAAAGUUCUACAUGGAGAGAAUUGAAAACUGUAGAAAAGAAUAUUUCUUCUUUUAAAUCUGAUUUAGCAGGAAAAUUUGUUAAACUUUAUACAGAUAACCAAAAUGUAGUACAGAUUGUUAAAAAGGGUAGCAUGAAAGUAGAAUUACAAGACAUUGCUUUAAGCUUAUUUCAUAUUUGUUUGUCACAUAAUAUUUUCUUGGAUGUUGAAUGGAUACCUAGAGAUAAAAAUACUUAUGCAGAUUAUCUGAGCAAAAUUUUUGAUUAUGACGAUUGGGGUGUUUCCUAUCAAAUUUUUAUAUAUUUUGAUAAAUUAUGGGGACCAUUCACAUGCGAUCGUUUUGCAGAUUCGAAAAACAAAAAAGUAGACUAUUUUAACUCUAGAUAUUAUUCACCGGAUACUUCCGGGGUUGAUGCUUUCGCAUAUGAUUGGUCUGCUCAUAAUAACUGGUUAGUUCCACCAGUUUGUUUAGUUAGCAAGUGUUUAAAUCACAUGCGAUUAUGUAAAGCUAAAGGCACUUUAGUUGUACCUAAAUGGCCAUCAGCGUUAUUUUGGCCUAUCUUAGUGAAUAGGUUUUCAGACAGAUUUAAAUCUUUUGUUAUAGACUUUAGAUAG